GGCCGCGGCUUCAUUUCCGUCGUGUGUGAGGCCGGGGGUGUUUGAAAGAAGAAAGUGCAGGGAAAAAGAGAGCACGAAGCGAGAACUACUUCUAAUAUUGUAGCCAUGACAAAAAGAGAGGCUGAGGAGUUGAUAGAGAUAGAAAUCGAUGGCACAGAGAAGACUGAAUGCACCGAAGAAAGUAUUAUAGAACACACGUAUAGCACAGCAGAGUUUAUAAGUCAGUCUAUCGACAUUAAUGAGCCAGUUGGCAAUCUCAAGAAACUGCUAGAGCCAAGACUUCAGUGUUCGCUAGAUGCACAUGAGAUAUGCCUACAAGAUAUACAGCUCGAUCCUGACCGUAGUUUAUUUGACCAAGGAGUAAAGACCGAUGGAUCAGUACAGCUCAGUGUUCAGGUUAUCUCUCAGCAAGGGCUUGAGCCAAAACUCAACAUCCUGGAAAUUGUGAAGCCUGUGGAGACCGUAGAAGUGGUAAUUGACCCAGAUGCCCAUCAAGAUGCAGUGGAAGCCGAACUUGUGGAGGAGGCACAAGUGAUAACUCUGGAUGGGUCAAAACAUAUAACAACGAUGUCCGAUGAAACAUCCGAGCAAGUAACCCGGUGGGCAGCAGCACUGGAAGGCUACAGGAAGGAGCAAGAACGCUUAGGCAUUCCAUAUGAUCCACUUCAGUGGUCUGUUGAUCAGGUUCUUCAUUGGGUGCUUUGGGUAAUGAAAGAAUUCUGUUUGACUGAAAUAAAUGUGAACUCCCUCGGUAUAACAGGAAGAGAACUCUGCAACCUUAACCAAGAAGAUUUCUUCCAAAGAGUCCCCAGAGGAGAAAUUUUGUGGAGUCAUUUGGAGCUUCUUAGGAAAUAUGUUUUGGCAAGCCAGGAACAUGGAGGUGAAAUUGCGACCGUUACCAUUGAUCAGCCUGUACAAAUUAUACCAGCAUCAAUCCAACCAACAGCACAAACAACCAUUAAAGUAAUAAACAGUCAAACCAAAGUAGCAAAAAUACAAAGGACGCCGCGCAUUUCUGGGGAAGACAGAAGUUCACCGGGAAACAGAACGGGAAACAAUGGUCAGAUUCAACUAUGGCAGUUUCUUUUAGAAUUGCUCACUGACAAAGAUGCUAGAGACUGUAUUUCAUGGGUUGGUGACGAAGGAGAAUUCAAACUGAACCAGCCAGAACUGGUGGCACAAAAAUGGGGACAGCGAAAAAACAAACCCACCAUGAAUUAUGAGAAACUUAGCCGUGCUUUACGGUAUUACUAUGAUGGCGACAUGAUCUGUAAAGUUCAAGGCAAGAGGUUUGUUUAUAAGUUUGUUUGUGAUCUGAAGACCCUCAUUGGCUACAGUGCAGCAGAACUGAGUCGGUUGGUGGCAGAAUGUGAACAAAAGAAAAUGGCAAAGAUGCAAUUACAUGGCAUUGGGCAGCCUAUGACUGCGGUGGCACUAGCUACUGCUUCACUUCAGACAGAAAAAGAAUAAUUUGGCUCUGCAGAAACUCAAACUGAUACUUUCCAUCUGUACAUUGCAGGAUCCUCAUUUAUGGGAUUCUGAUGCAUUUUUACUUUCAGACCUCACAGUAUAAGGCAUGAUUUUGUUUUUUUCGACAGAGGACUUGGAAUUCAGUACACUUGGAUCUUGUAAUUCUUCGGGUAACACGUUUGUUUACAGUGGCCCCUCAUUCAAGAAGCAUGGCAUAUUUUCCACAUGAACUUAAUGAACUCGGCUCUUUGUAGUGAGGUUAAGCCUUCUGUUCUUUUCCACCAUAAAAAUCAUUUCCAUCUUCAUUAAGAAAGCCUUUCCUGAUCCUAAAGGGUCCCAUGGGGUUUAUUUUGUGCUUUAUUAAUUAGCAUACUGCAGAAUACGGAUUCCCCAUUUGGCAAAUAUCUAUGUUUUAAAUACGGAAGUGUUUCUUUAAGUACAUAUGUCAGAUAUGCGGCAAGCUAUGGCUGUCUCUCUGACUAACAUUGUGUCCAUCAGUCGAACCAGUGACCGACAUUGUGAGCUAGAAUUGAAUGCACACCCCUAGUACAGCAGAGCACACCUUUACUUGGCCUCAGGUCAGAGGCUACUAUCUGUCUGAGCAGUUGUCUGCUGGUCACGUGACAGACUUUAGAAAGGCAGAACCAACAGGGCACGUUUUAGGGUUAUACGUUGGGAUUUUAGUAAAAUAUGCAGAUAGAAAAUAUUAAGAAGUUUUGGUUUUUUUUUACAUUUUUGGAAGCCACAACCUUUAUGAUCUUGAUUUAUAACUGGUUGUCCCUUCCCAUUUCCUUCUUUAUUUUUGUUUUUGUUCCCUGAAUAUUUGGACUAUUUGCUUACUGUUGACCAUACAAUACAUGUAUAUAUUUUUGAAUGUUGUCCUACAAAUGCUGGAACAUUACAGAGGGCAGUAAAAAUAAACUGCUUCAAUAUGUUG